AUGGCCCCGCGCGGCGCUGCCAGGGGCGCCCUGCUCCUGCUCUUCGCCAUCAGCCGAGAGGCGCUCGCAGUAUCUUUCUAUGGUGCAAGUUACAUACAGUUCAGUAUUGCGGAAUCAUCCUCCACAACAUCUCUGCAUUUACGCUUUCGAACCAGUAGACCAACAGGAAUGCUUUUCCUUGCAGCUGGAACAGAAAGUUAUUUAUUGGUGGAAUUACAUUCUGGAAAUGUGCAGGUGACAAUAAAUCUUGGAGCCGCCAAGAGAGUUCUGCAUUCCCAGAGAAACUCCCAGCUGAAUAAUUUAAAAUGGCAUCUUGUGGAAGUCCAUCAUGAAACUGAUGACAUUUCAAUGGCAAUUGACAAACACCAUCAAGCAAGGACAAAAAUGCCAGAUGGUUUAUUUGAACUGAACACCCAGCAUGGCCUCUACAUUGGUGGCAGUGGCAGCCUGAAUGCCUCUUACCUUCACAGUGCACAAGUUAAUUUCCGAGGAUGCAUUGAAGAUGUGAUAUUUAACAAGCACAAUGUCUUAGCAUCCCUAAGACCUUCUCCGAGAUUAACACAUUUUCAUGAAGUGUCACUGGGCUGCAGUGAUGAAUUUUUUGCUAGUGAAGAUGACCCCAUAAGUUUCUUUAGUUCUAAGUCCUAUGUUUCUUUUCCUUCAUGGAAUGUUCAGGAGGAGGGAAUUUUGGAAUGUACAGUACAAAACACAGCUCCAAGAGGCCUGCUGCUUUACACUUCUGGGCAAGUGGGAGACUUCCUUGCAAUGGAAAUUGAAAAUGAUCUGAUUAAAGCUCAUAUUGGAAAGGGAAAGAAUAAAAUUCAGCUUUCUUCUCUUAGUCCAGUGCAUGGUAACCAGUGGCAUUCUGUCAGACUAAAAUUUUCUGCAAAAUAUAUUGAACUCACAUUAGAAAAGGAAACAGUGAAAAAGUUAUUGCCUUUGCACAGUACGCUUCCUAUUCUUAAGGGCCCUGUUUAUAUAGGUGGAGUAGAUGAUAAUAUCCGGGAAGAAGUUAUGAAACGAGGGUUAACUUCGUUAUCUGGGAAAUAUGCACAAGGAGGAUCCUUCAGAGGCUGCCUGAGAGAUUUGAAAAUAGACUUGGAAAGGAAAUCCUUGAGGAAUGUUCUUGUGACUAAGGAUAUUUCAGUUGGAUGCAAAACGGAGAGUACCUUUGUUAAAAAUCCUUUUGUUGUAGCUCCUGAAAAACAGCUUGCUGGAAUGGCGGGACCCACUUCUGCCACUGGUACUGGGGACUCCAAACUCCAUGAGAAAGGUAUUCAUGACCAUUUUGUGGUUGUAAACAACUUGAUUGUUCCAGAAGGUGGGCAAGCCACUCUUGAAUCUAAGCACAUUAAAGUAAAUGUGGAGUUCAAGAAAUUAAGGAUUCGUCAGUCACAAAUUAUUUUUAAAAUUAAAGAACAGCCUUCCCAUGGCCAGUUGAGGCUGGAUGUUGACUCAGAACAGGAGGAGUCUACAUUUACCAUGCUAGAUUUGUGGCAAGGCAGAGUUCUAUAUAUGCAUGAUGGCUCUGAAGAAAGCUAUGAUUAUUUUACUUUUUCAGUUUCUACAAGCAGUAAAAAAGAGAUGCCUCCAUAUCUGCAAGGCAAGAAAGACUACAUGUUUACCGUUACAGUUAGGCCAAUCAAUGAUGCCCCAGAACUCACCCUCCCAAAUGGAAACUUGUUUAUUUUGCUAGAACACUCCAAGAAAUGUCUGAGUGUGAAUUCUGUAAAUAUUUCAGACACAGAUACAAGUUCUGCAGGCCUCAGUAUUGCAGUCCUUGGAAACUUGAAUACAGAUGCAGGGUUUUUGGAAAAUUCCCAGACUCCUGGAAAGGCUAUCACUGAUUUUUCUUAUGAGGAUUUAAAACAUGGCAAAGUUUUCUUUGUCCACACUGGUGUGAAGAACUCCAGAAUUGUUCUACGAGCAAGCGAUGGUGAGAAGGUCAGCAACACAGUCGUGUUGCGUGUCAUGGCUGUUCCUCUGGAUUACAAAUUGAUCAUCAACACAGGGGUUGAGGUUCUGCAGGGUGAUACAGUUUUGAUCACACUCAGCCAUUUGGCUGUUGAAACCAAUGCCUUCCAACAAGAGUUGGAGAUACGCUAUGAAAUCACACAGUUGCCCAAAUACGGAGAAAUUCAGAGGCACCAUGCUGAUGGAGACUGGAAAAAAACAUACUCUUUUUCUCAACGCUCUAUUGGACGCAGUAGUGUGAGAUAUGCUUGUACCUUCAAUGAGAUACAGCAAGAUAAUGCCCUGGAACACUUCACAUUUAAAGUUAAAAUUCUCAACAAAACAAGUGAAGAGUUUCUUUUUCCAGUUACAGUGAAAUGGCUGAGGUAUAAUCUAAAGAGAAAUGUGCCAUUAGUAAUUGAUAAAGCCAAGAACGAAUAUCUUAAUUCAGAUAAUCUUCUCACUGUGAUAGAGGAAAUACAAGUGCCAGAAAAUGAAUUUCACUACAAGUUGCAAUCCUUGCCUGAAAAAGGAAAUAUUCUGCUUAAUAACAUACCUCUGCAAGUCAAUUCAUCCUUCAGCCAACAGGACAUUUAUGAUUAUAAAGUACAAUACCAGUUAAUCCAUAGGCCCCGUGAGGAAACUCAGGACUCAUUUAGAUUCCUCAUUUCUACAAAAUAUGUGGUAUCAAAUGUCUAUGAUUUCAAUAUUAAUAUUAAAACAGACUCACGACAAAUUCUUUUGACAAACAAUGGCCUCACUGUUACUGAAGGUGAAGGAAAAUUGAUAACAAGAUCAGAAUUGUUUGCACAGACCCUCAGCAAUAAGACCUUCCAAUAUAAAGUUACACAGAGUCCUCAUCAUGGGAAACUGUCACUUAUUAAUUUUUCGGAUUCUCUGGAAAGUAACAGUAAUAUAAGUAGUUUCACAAAUAAGGAUAUAAUUGGUAGACGUCUUAUGUAUAUACAUGAUGAUUCUGAGACUCUGUAUGAUGAGAUUUAUAUUAUAGCAUCAACAGUAGAGUCUGAGGAGUGGGUGAGCUCUGAUGUAGAAACGGAACCCCCUUUAUCAGCAAAUAUAAAAUUUAACAUUUCUAUCCAGUUAAAAAAUGAUGAGAAACCGGUACGUGUGGUAGAUAAGGUAUUCCAUGUAGUUAAGAAUGGGAAGAGACUCCUGACCCUAGCUGAUCUUUGUUACCAUGACCCUGAUACUGAUUUUGAUGACAAACAGUUGUUGUAUACCAGGCGUGGCAUUCCUAACGGAGAUUUGGUUCUUGCAAAUGAGACCUCCCACAGACUCUAUCAGUUCAAGCAAGGAGAUCUAGCACAAAAGCAAGUCCUGUUUAUGCACCGUGGGGCAGACUAUGGUCGUUUUGUGCUAUUUGUAACGGAUGGGAAGCACUAUACCUCAUCACUGCUAGAAGUAAGUGCAUCAGAUCCCUACAUCCAUCUAGUAAACAAUACGGGUUUAUUGAUCCAGAAAGGAAGAGAGGGAACGAUCACUGCAGCUAACUUGAGUGCUACCACAAACCAAGACAUUAGAAGUGACCGUGAAAUUAUAUUUGAGAUGUUUUUGUUUCCAAAGUAUGGGCAAGUCUUUGUAAAUAAUUUAACUCUGGGCACAUUCACUCAGCAUGAUCUCAAUAGUGGACAUGUAACUUACAGACAUGAUGACAGUAACAAUUUGAUGGACACAUUUAACUUUACAGUUUACCUAAAAGGUGUCCAGUUGGAUGCCGGAAUGAAUGUUCGUAUGUACUUGGAAAGUCACCAGCGCCCACCUACAAUUGUACAGAACAGCAACUUCUUGGUUGAAGAAGGAAAACCAGUUAAAAUCAGUAAAGAAAAAUUGCUGGUUGUUCAUGAAAACAGUUUGCCAUCAGAGCUGAAGUUCACAGUAAGGUCACCCCCAGUUUUUGGGUACCUUCGGAAGUUUACUUCAGAGGAAGGUUAUCUUGGGGAAGAAAAUCCUGUUCUGAGCUUUACUCAGCAAGAUAUCAAUGACGGUAAUAUUCAGUAUGUGCAGACCAUUCCCAACCAACUACAAGAUCAGUUUUCAUUGGACGUGACUAAUGGCAUCCAGGCAAUCAGUGGAAUAGAACUUGCUGUAGACAUCAUCCCAAAGCUCAUCCCAUUGGAAGUACAGAACUUUACAGUUGCUGAAGGGGGUUCAAAAGUCCUGGAGGAAGAUUUUCUAAAAAUUCCUACUAGCCAUUUUGUAGGGCUCAAUUGUGAAUUUGAAUUACUUGAGCCACCAAAACACGGGCAUAUUGCUCAUUCCCGUUUCCCUGGAAUUGCAUUAACCAGAUUUAGCAGGAAACAGGUGGAACAAGGAUUAAUCUCCUAUAUUCAUGAUGAUAGCGAACAGCUGUUUGACAAUUUCACUGUAGCAGUGAACAGCACAGAGCUGUGGAAACAGAGCUUGCCUCAGAUAAUAUUUGUGACUAUUAGGCCAAUAAACGAUGAAUCUCCUUUUAUAAGGCGAAACAAAGUACUCAGGGUCUGGGUGGGAUCAGUCACUGAAAUAACUGUGAAUGAUCUCUGUGCAGAAGAUAAAGAUUCCUCUCCUGCAGAACUAAUAUACUCUGUUUCACCUCCAAAUAAUGGUCAUUUAGCUCUCAAGUCUUCUCCAAACAGAAGUAUCCUCAAUUUCACCCAAGCUCACAUUGAAGAAGGACAACUUGUGUUUGUCCAUAGUGGAGCCACAUCUGGAGGUUUCAAUUUUCAGGUGACGGAUGGUGUGAACUUUGCACCUCGACAAAUUUUCAGUAUCACAGCUCAAGCUCUCCUAAUCCACUUAGAAAAUAACAAUGGACUGAAAGUCUUUCCAGGAUCGAGAAAACAAAUUACUUCCCACAAUUUGAAAGCAAUCACCAACGAUCUAGUUGGGGCGGAAAACAGAACUAUAAUUUUUACAGUGGCAAUUUCUCCAAAGCUUGGAAAACUCAUCAGAGUACUCUCUGAUAACAGCACCCAGAAUAUUUUCAGUUUUACACAAUCUAUGGUGGAUGAAUGUUUGAUCACCUAUGAGCACACAAAUAAGGAGGAUGUUAGAUGGAAUGCACAAGAUAAUUUUACUUUUACAGUCUCCUCUACACCAGCAGUUUUGGGUCCCCAAGUGUUCCAUAUUAAUAUUUCUUAUGAACAUAAAGGUCAUGAUCAUAGCAGUCAGCUACUUGCAAACACAGGUAUCAUUGUCCAGGAGGGAGGCAAAGUUUUAAUUGAGAAAACAAACCUGGAUGGAUCAAACCUGUUGUUUAAAUUACCUGAGGCACAACGUUCUGCAUACGAAGUAUGGUAUCAAGUCACAUUGUUGCCCCAACACGGCAAAAUCAUUGUGGGAGAAAGAAACAUUACGAGAGAGAAGCCUAACUUCUCUCAAUACAUCAUUAACAAAUUUGGAAUCACCUAUGAGCAUGACGACUCUGAAUCACUCACUGAUCAGUUUACUUUUGCCGUGUGGCUAAAUAAAAAGGGCAAAUCUUCAACAAAACCUGAAAAUGAAGUUUUGGAAGAGACAUUUAACAUCACUGUUGUUCCAGUGAAUGAUCAGCCUCCAGAGCUGAAAACCAAAAUGCUGUAUUUGAAUGUUUUUCAAGGAGACGUGGCAGUUCUGGGACCAGAAAGCUUGAAAGUAGAAGACUUAGAUAACACCCCAGAAGAGAUCAGGUACACCAUUCUAAGCAAUCCACAAAAUGGCUACCUAGCCUGGCGGACCCAUUUCAACGAAUCCAUCAGUAAUUUUACACAAGCUGAUGUUGAUGGUGGCAGAGUUUGGUUCGUACAAGAUGGAAGCUCUUCCUCUGGAGUUUUCUACUUCAGUGUGACAGAUGGUAAACAUCAUCCCCUGUACAAGCUCUUUACUCUUCAAGUUACACCUACGUCUAUCACCCUGAUCAACCAGUCUGAGGUGGUGCUUCCACAGGGGCAGAAUACUGUUGCUAUUACAAACAUACACCUUUCAGCUACAACCAGUGGAAAAAACACAGAGAUUGGCUUUGAAGUAACACGGCCAUUCAGUUAUGGGCAUCUAUUGAUCGGCAAUGAACAGGUAACCAAGUUUCAGCAAGCAGAUUUGCAUGCAGGAAGACUGUUGUAUAGAAUGACAGAUCUCACCAGGUCUAGAGAUAUGCUGGAAUUCACGGUGUUCACCUCAGACAGUAAUCUAACAAGACAGGUUCUGAACCUUACAAUACAACCUCUUGUACGAAUGACACUUGGCCUGGACAUUCCAAAUAAGAUGGCUUACAAGCUAAAACCUAGCCACUUGGAUGCUACCCAGCUAGCAAUCUUAACAAAUAGUAAUCCCAUGUUUGAAGUGACCGUGCCUCCAGUUUAUGGAAGAGUGGUUGGGGCUCCAUUAACCACCACUAAAAGGAAAGAACUGUCUAUGUUCACUCAGAGGGACAUUGAGAAUGAUGUUAUCUUUCUGGAAGCAGAUGCCAACUUGACAGGUGUUGAUAUAUUAAAUGACUCCUUCACGUUUAUACUCCGGGCAGAUAAUGUACAGCCUGCGGUAGGUCACUUUCAUUAUGUCAUUGUGCCACACGAUCCUUUACCAGUCCAGACAUUUACACCAGAAGCACCCCUCUUAACUAGUGCAAACAUUUUAAAGAGUUACACCAUUACAAAGAAUGAAUCUCUGCUUGUUACACGGUAUGACAUACCCACUGAAACACCAGGACAGACAGCACAGACUCUGUGGCGCAACCGGAAUCGUUGGGGGCAUCAGAAGGAUAAAGAUGCAUCAAUUAAGGAUGAAGUUGCACACGGCAGAUCUGCUUGGACUGAGACCACAGUGAAAGCAAAUUCCAAGAGCACCUUGGUUCAGCCUCAGGAUAGCAACAGCAGCCGACUGUUCAUCGUUAUACCACUAAUCUCAGCUGCUGUUUUAUUCUCUGUGACUGCUGUUGCUGUUUGCAUCUUCCUCAUGUGUCACAAGCCCCAAAAGGCAAAGCCUCUCAUUGCAGACCAGCCACCCCCAGUUCUCAGUUGCCAAAGUUUUCAUCCUGAAAGGAGCUUAACUGUUCCUACUGUCACAGUGACACCCCUUUUAAAAGGCACGAGCAAUAUAACAACAGUUCCCUUGAAGGCUAUCAGACAGGAACACCUUCAUCCCUCCAGCUGAUCCAGCUGCAGAAUGUAUUCUGCGAAGUGCUUGGUCCAAACUUGA